GUAGUAGUUGUAUUAGUAUUGGUAUUAGUAUUAGUUGAGGGCUGCAACAGUUGUAUUAGUUAUUGUAUUAGUUUGACUGAAGCAGUUGUAUUAGUAUUUGUAUUACUAUUAUUAGUAGGGCUGUAGUAGUUGUAUUUGUAUUAGUUGGGCUGCAGUAGUGUUAUUUGUAUUAGUAUGUUUUAUUUGGGAAUCAUUAGUGAUAGACCAAUAGGGUGGCUUUCUUUAACCGUGAUCCAUGGUUAAUGAGGUAGGCUAAUUGAAGCCUCGUCAUCACUAAUUCCACCUGUUGACCACCACAAGCCUGUGAGUUGGCCAAUGACGGCAUCGCCCCCUGGGACAUGACGUCUCCCUGAUGAAAGGGAUCGCCGUCUUGGACACUAAAAGUAUUCCGAUAAAACCAGCGAACCGCUUCAGACACGGACACGGAUUGCGCGCCUUUGGAGAGAAACCCGGACACCGAGACCCCAAGACCCGUUACACCGAGAGACUGAGACCCCAAGACCCAGAGGGACAGAGACCCGAGACCCGACGACACCAACGAGACCCAAAGACCCCGAGAGACCGAGACCUAAGACCCCGAGACCCCGAGAGACCAGAGCUGAGGACCAGCAGCGGAUACUAAAGGAACCGCGAUGCUGCACACCACCGGUCCGUCGCUGCUGCUGCUGCUCGCGCUGUGUGCGGGGGGGUGGUCCCAGGGGGCGUGGUCCCGCACCGUGGAUCUGCCCCCCUCCUCCAUAAGGCAGAGCCGGCACGCAGACGGCCUGUUCACCAGUGGCUACAGCAAGCUGCUGGGCCAGAUGUCAGCUCGCAGGUACCUGGAGUCCCUGAUGGGCAAGCGGCUCAGUGAUGAGGGCUUUGUGGGCGAGGCGGCCAAGCGCCACACUGACGCCAUCUUUACUGACAACUACAGCCGCUUCAGGAAGCAGAUGGCGGUGAAGAAGUACCUUACUGCCGUCCUCACAGGGAAGAGGAGUCUGGAAGACUCAACGGCCUUCCAAGAAAACUUUGAGGACAUGGAUCACCUGAUCAACCGCUAUCAGCUGCCCCUCUGAGGUCUCCAUCCCAGAAGAACACAUCUCCCUCUCUAUCUAUAUAGAUCUAUAUCCCCCUCUCUAUCUAUAUCGAUCUCCAUCUCUCUCUCUGUCCAUAUAGAUAUAUAUCUCUCUCUCUCUGUCUGUAUAUGUAUUGUAUAUGUAAUGUUUGUGUUUUCAGUCAACAAACAUGUUUACAUUGUAUAUAAAUUGGACCAUAGGAAGGUGUUGAGCGCUCAUCACGCAAAUAUUAUAUUUGAUUAUAAUAUUCGAAUAUAAAUGGUACAUCUGAUCUAUGAAUACUCAUGAGGGCACCUUACAUCAGCCUUCCAACUCUCUGGACGUCACCCUGAUAUACAUUUAGUGUAUAAUAUAUAUUUAAUAUGCUCAACAUGCUAAUACUUACCUUUCAUAUCAAUAUAUAUAAUAAUAUAUAUAUAUAUAUCAAUAUGAUGGAUGAUAUUAGUUAAAAAGUGAUAAGAAUGCAGAUGAAGCCCCUUUGUUGUUCACUGAAUUAAAGA